CUUAGUGCCAAUUGUUGACUCCCUCUCGAUCCGGUCCUCCGAUAGUGGACUCCUGCCGCUUUGCGAAGCCUGGCCUGUGAGGUGUCGUUCACCAUGCUUGGCUCCAACAAAUAAGUCUACCAGAUCUUGUCCCUACCCUCUCACCUUGCCCCUGUCUGUUUGGUUGGGGUUCCCGGACCGAAGUUCCAGGUGUCAUCUAUACGCACUGGCCCCAUACGGCAUACAUACUUGAUCUGCAUGAGUCGGUCACCUGGACUUUAAGGCCGAAAUCCCGUCGGACUGAACCAUACCUGCUUUCCUAUCUAAUAUACCGUCAUGUCCGCCAAUGCUUCCGAUAAUGGCGCUGGGAAGCCGCGCCUACACACGGCCCGCUCGUUCCCAAGAAUGGACUCGCCCGAUACGAGCCCUUUCGUUCGAUCAAGAGCCAAGACCGUUCAAUCCGUGGCAAUACCUGAACUGGUAGAUGCUGAGGCCCUUCCGUUACCCUUGUCGACACCAGAUGAGGAGCGGAUUGGCAGCCCCGACCUGUUCGAGAAACCAGGCUCUUCCGACUUGGGCGACGAUGGGCAGCAGGGUGAGGAGAUCUCGGUGCUCUCACGAGGCAGCCAGGGUCACACGGAGGAGCUGCCGAUUGAGCUCGCAAGUAUGACAGACAGAUUUGUCCACUCGCUUACUGCCAAGGUACACUCCUCUCCCCCCACGAUCGAGAAGGUAUCGAGUCGCUUCCAGGAGUUUUAUGUUCGAGCGGAAUCACACAUAGCCACUCAUAUCUCUGCUCUGGCAUCUCGGAUAAAUCGUGAUCCUUCUCCCUUCCGUGCCACGCAGGGAAAGUCUAGUAACAAAGGCUCAGAUGGCCGUCAAAUGUUGACAGCAUCGGAAGUCACGGAGAAGAGAAUCGCACGCAAACAUCUUGCUUCCAAGCGGGUUGCUUUGGAAGAGGCAGUGGAACGGAGAGCUUGUGAGACUAUCUACGACAAAUUAUGGAGGCAUAAUAGCACUCUGGAUGAGAUUCGAGACGAGAAGCUGCGCUCCAAGACGGCGGCGCUCUCUCUUGUUGGCAUUAAUCUAAAGGACCUCGGCGUCGAUCUCGACCUUGGUGCGAUCAAUGAAGAGAAGCAGAAGGAGGCAGAUGAAUGCCUUGCUGCUGCACGAGAUUGCUUAGCGAAGAUGAACGAUGACAAGUAUCCUUUAGGCAAGCUCCAACAGCUUGCUGCUGCACACAAGGCAAUAGUUGAUGCCUUGACUAAAUUGCUACCAUCGUCCUCCUCCGCUGACGAGAUACUGCCUACUCUGAUAUACUCCCUCGUCACUUGUCCUCCUGAGGGCAUCAACAUUAUUAGCAAUCUCUUCUUCAUCCAGCGGUUUAGGUCGUCUAGUAAAAUAGACGGUGAAACUGCAUAUUGCCUGACUAACCUUGAAGCGGCCAUUAGCUUUCUCGAGAAUGUAGACCUGACCGAACUCCGUGGGGAGGAGGCCUUUGAGGGCCAAACCAAGGCAGCCAAUGACGAUUCGACCUCGGCUGGGAAGACCGAUUCUCUCCAGUCCCAUAAUGCCUCCAAGGAAGCAGCAGUAUCGUCGGUUACACCCGUGACAGCCUCGCCUGAACUUUCGAAUCCAGUUGGGCAAGACGCCUUGGGCACCUUGCCCAGACCUCAGUCGUCAGCAAGCACUCAACAACGGCGGCUGAACAAUCUUUUCCAACCGCCUGCAAAGGUGCUCGGUGCCGCUAAUGAUGCUGUCCGUAACACCGCCGACCAGGGGCUGAAAAACAUUGGGGCAUCCCUGGACAGCAGUUUCAAUUUCCUCUUUGGUCGUCUUAAAGAGUUACAGUCCAACCAGUUCCCUGUCAAAGAUGGGAACAAUCCGGUCCUGCCGAAGACGUUGGCAGAUGCUCGACGUCUGGUCACGAAUCCGAUAUCUACCGGGAACAAUCUAGGCCAAGACGAAAACUCAGCAAGGGAGCCUCGUUCCACCGAUCGGCCUCCAUUGAGGCGCAUCGGAUCCAAAGCAGAGGAUACUUUUCUAGGGCUGGUCAGUGGCCAGAGAACCCCACGGGACCGGAGUGUCGACAGCGUCAGGACCCAGGGCAGCUCCAGGAAAACCACGGUCUCUCAGGGCCCGCAGAAGGAAGAACCCCAGGUUUCCCCUGCAAGCACAGCAUCGCUGGCUACUACUCCAUUGGAAUCGAUGCGGAGCUUCGGGAACACCCUUAACCCGCUCAAUCACAUUCCCGGCAUGAUCAGGAACUUUGGACGUGGCACUCCAGGCACUCCUGAUACCCCUGGGCCAAUGCCCUCUCCCAACACUCCUACUGAGAGAAUCAGAGCCUCGAUCCUUUCGCGCGAGUCUUCGUCUUCGAACGUUCCCAGUGCCCCACCCCGGGUUGAGCGAGUUGAACCGCCUAUUCAGCGUUUCCUCCAGAUGCAAAAUGUCAGCGAACUUACGAUUGGGGACGUAUCUGUUCUGUUGGAGGACUACAAGCGCAUCGCUGCAGCGUUGUCAAAGCAGAGCUCUACCUGAGUGGAAGCUUCACUCUUCUUUGUUCAAGGCAUAUGAUUCCCACAUGGUUGUUUAUACUAUCCCCCUCUUCUUUGAAGUAUUUUCGUGGCGACUUCCCGCUCUUUCUUCAUUUUUAUGAUUGAAAUUGUAGAUCACUGCUGGUGUUCAGUGCUUACUGUUUGGGUUCAUGUCUUGCAUUUUCAGCCAUUGGGUCAAAGGCAUCGCUAGCAGUGCUAGUAUUUAAUCAAAUGCAGUUUCCUUCAAACAAUGAAUUUGGUGGGGGUAUAAUGACAUUACUAACAGAUGAAUUCAAAACAUAUGAAACCGACAG